AUGGGGCCCCCGGGCAAUAGGGGAUCAUGGGGCCCCUGUGUCCUUGCCCAAACUCAAAAAAGCCUAUGAAAAAGGAUCAGCCCUAUGUGCGUUCUGUGAAAACGUGCAGAGGAACACAGGUUCCCGCUACGCUAGAUGUGAAUGUGGUCUUUUGGUAUGAUCACUAGGCAGGGGCGGACUGACAACUCAUGGGGCCCCCGGGCAAUAGGGGAUCAUGGGGCCCCUGUGUCCUUGCCCAAACUCAAAAAAGCCUAUGAAAAAGGUACCAGGGGCAUCUCAUGGGGCCCCCUACUGACCCGGGCCCUGGGGCAGUGCCUGAGUUUCCAAAUGGUCAGUCCGCCCCUGUCA